AUGUCAGGAGGUACCGCCUGGCCGGUUCUCCUUCUGCUGGGGGCGCUGGAGGAGAAGCCGCCCGGCGCCUGCGCGGUGGCGACCACGUGCGUCCCGCCGGGAGACGCCGCCUGCCGCCUUCUGGCCGUGACUGAUCUCUUCGACCGGGUCAUCCAGCAUUCCAGCCGCCUCUACCAGCUCUCCGCCGCCCUCUACUCAGACGCCGAAAAAUAUUUUCUCCCUGGUGGAAAUGAGCUGGCCAGAUCCAUAGGUAAAUGCCAUACCUCUUGGCUGUGGACUCCUAACGCCAAAGAAUAUGCUCAGAAAAUGCCAAGAGAAGAGUUAACACACUUGAUUCUAAAGCUUUUACAAGCCUGGAAAGAGCCACUGUCCCAUUUUGACCAGAAUGUUAUUCAUCGCCGCAAAUUACCUGAUGAGAGCCUGAGUAAAGCAAGAGAGAUCAGCAGCAUGGUGCAUGAACUGGAGACUGGCGUGGAAAAAGUAACAGAAAAGAUGCAGUCAAUGGGGAUCAUUAGCAAUUCACUGAAUGGUGUGGGAUCAUCAGAAGCAGCUGGUUUAUCCAUUAAUAAUAGAGCAAAUUUAAUGAGUGACUAUGAAUUUAUUCAUUGCUUCAGGAGAGACUCCAACAAAGUACAAAACUACUUAAAAGUUCUGAAAUGUAGGAUUGUGCCUGGAAAUAGUUGCUGAAUUGAAAUUUGUGGUGGCAGAGCAAUUUUCAAGAGUACAAUUGUCUAUUGUCUGUGGAGAAUGAGCAAAAUAAUUUAUAAAGGUCUUUAUCAGACUUGCCGUCUCAGUAAAUUAUUAACUGAAAACCUGGAUUCAUAGAGCUUUGCCUGUGAUUUAUUUCAUAUUGUAAUCAGCUGAAAAAUUAAAGGAGACAAAUUAUAGCUGUGUGGACUUGACACAGCAGACAAAAUACACUUCUGUGGAAGUUCACAAAUCAAAUGCCUUAUGAAAUUGCAUUCUAACAGUUCAGUCCUUUUAUCUGUAAAUGUGUAUCUGGUUAAAACAUAACUAGACAGAGAACAGACCUGGUAUUUUAGAUGAAGUAUUUUCAGUAUUGUUAUUUGAAAUAACAUCAAAUAGACUACCUACCUAGUUUUAAUUCAUGAUCUGAAGGCAUAAUUGACCACACUUCUUACCCCAGCUAAAAAACAAAGACUUCUUGCAGCGUUCCUCAUACAUUUAUGUGAAGGAAGAAACUCCAUUGUACAGUGGUGCCUCGCUUGACGACGAUAAUCCGUUCCAGCAAAAUCACUGUAGAACGAA